GCAGGAGCGCGGCGUUGCCGAGGCUCGGACGCGGAGGGGCCGGGCUGUGCGGAGGGGAGGAGUCGCGUUUGCCGGAUCUGGCUGCCCGGCAGCGGCACGAUGAGCCUGGCCCUCAGGAAUGAGCUCUCAGUAGACAAAACUAAAAAGAAGAAAAGAAGAGAACUGACUGAGGAACAGAAGCAAGAAAUUAAAGAUGCCUUUGAAUUGUUUGAUACAGACAAGGAUAGAGCGAUAAAUUAUCAUGAAUUAAAGGUGGCAAUGAGAGCCUUAGGUUUUGAUGUGAAAAAAGCUGAUGUCCUGAAAAUACUUAAAGAUUAUGAUCGAGAAUCAACAGGCAAGAUCACCUUUGAAGAUUUUAAUGAAGUUGUGACAGACUGGAUAUUGGACAGAGACCCACAAGAAGAAAUACUCAAGGCGUUCAAAUUGUUCGAUGAUGAUGACUCUGGUAAAAUAAGUCUGAGAAACCUGCGCCGGGUUGCUAGAGAAUUGGGUGAAAAUAUGUCUGAUGAAGAACUACGGGCUAUGAUUGAAGAAUUUGAUAAGGAUGGAGAUGGAGAAAUCAAUCAAGAAGAAUUUAUUGCUAUUAUGACUGGAGAUAUUUAGCAUUAGAAGAAGAGAAAUUCACUUGCAACAAAGGGGAGGAGUUGUUGUUGGCGGCUUCCAUUAUAAUGUUUUGUUCUUUCAUUUAUUUCAAUAGCUGAAAGUUACUUGUGCAGAAAGUUGCUUGUCACAGGACCAAAAUAAAAACGGGUUACAUGCACUGAUAAUUCAGUACUUUGUAUCAAUAAAUUUUAUCAGUAGAUAUUUGUUCUAAAAUACUAAAUCAGUUAAGUAAUGCUGCAUUUCAGAAUGUUUGAGUAAUUGUAAAAUAGCCUUGUCUCAGAUUUCUAAAUUGUAUCAUAAGAACCUUUUGAUGUUCUUGACUUUGUGUUAGCAUUAGUUGUGGCCUUAGUUUUGAUACAUAAGGUUUGAAAAACUUCCAUUUUAAUAAAACAUUCUUUACUACUA